GGCAGGAACUAUGCGUUUUCAGCUGAUUAUCUGUGCGGUCAUCGGAUUAUUCCUAGCAUUCAGCAUCACUAUUAACGAUGCUGUCAUCUUCAAGUUUACGAAUGCCGUGUGUGAAAGUUACAACCAAUCCUGGUUCGUGUUCCACAACUGUCGUCUGAAGGCUGUCAGUCGAAGCAAAGUGUUUUUCAAUAUGAAUGGGACGAUAUUACAUCCGGCCAACGAUAUUAAAAUUCAUAUGCGGGUUUUCAAAAAGGCAAAUGGCUAUAAGCCUUGGCUUUUCGAUGUAACAUGUGAUGCCUGUCUGCAUUUGCGCAGGCGAAAUACCCCCUUGCUAUUGAUAGUCUAUGGGCUCUUCAAACCAUAUACUAACAUUAAUCACACAUGCCCCUACGUGGGUCCACAGAUUAUUACAGAUUUUUAUCUAAGACCCGAGCUACUGCGUCUGCCCUUACCUACAGGGGAUUAUAUGUUGUCGAUGCAGUGGAUCUUCGAUAAGAAGCUCCAGUUUGAUACGAACAUUAGUUUUACGUUCUUAGAGGACCUCCUGAAGAGCAAAUAG